AUGUCAAACAUCUAUGACCUCUUCACUAAAGAUCCAGAAAUAGAAGCUAGAGCGGGACGCGUCCUUCCUACAUAUGAGGAUAAUGGAGAGAUAGUUGCUUAUUUCAAAGAACUCUUAAAGCCUG